GUACGUACUUCGGAGGUUCAGUCGCACGCGCACUAAGCUUUCAAUUCGAUAAAUUCAAUUUAUAGUACGAAGGAGUGUUCAAUUACAUAUUGAUACUUGUUGCCCUGCUACGUUUAAACAACUGGCGAUAUAUACUUCGGUAUUUUUAUUAUAUUGCAGUGCUUUUUUAUAACCCGAUAAAACAUGGAAGGUCCUGCCGGGCCACAUCCAUGUCGGUUGCAAGGCGGAGACGUUCCAGAACAAAGAGAACCGCUGGAGAGGCGAACCACAGAUGAUAGCGUAGACUAUAGAUCUGACACAUGUGACAGCUGUCACUGUGACACAACACAAGGCGAGGUGAAAGUGAAGAGCAAGCGGUUUGGCAGAGGCGCGGUGGAAUCUGGUUUAACACACGAGUGCGGAGUAUUUGGCGCUAUAGGAACAGGAGAAUGGCCGACACAGAUCGACGUGGCACAAGUUAUAUGUCUGGGACUAGUUGCACUACAACACAGAGGCCAAGAGUCAGCAGGUAUUGUGACGUCAGAGGGCAAAAGCGCGCGGACUUUCAACACACAUAAAGGAAUGGGUCUUAUUAAUAAUAUAUUUAAUGAUGAAGCUAUGAAGAAACUUAAGGGCAACCUGGGCAUUGGACAUACGAGAUAUUCGACGUCAGCGGCUUCGGAGGAAGUAAACUGCCAACCGUUCGUCGUGCACACCGCCCAUGGUGCACUGGCCGUAGCCCAUAACGGUGAAUUGGUCAACUGCAGUAGUUUAAGGAAAAUGGUCCUGGGUCGAGGCGUUGGUCUGUCUACCCACUCGGACUCCGAGCUGAUAACGCAGGCGCUGUGUCUUAACCCACCCGAAGGAGAAACCAAUGGACCCGACUGGCCCGCGAGGAUCAAUCACCUCAUGAGGCUGGCACCACUGAGCUACUCUCUGGUGAUAAUGUUGAAGGACAAAAUAUACGCCGUGCGUGAUCCGUACGGCAACCGACCGCUGUGCCUUGGCAAGAUAUUACCAUUGGGAUCUUCCUAUGUCUACAAGCAAUCAUCUGCACAGCAUGCCGCGGUUCUAAUGAACGGUUGUGCAAAGAACGGAAUGGAAGAAAGGGCAGAGGGAUGGGUCGUGUCUUCUGAAUCAUGUGGAUUCCUGUCUAUUGGUGCGAGAUACGUGCGGGAAGUGUUACCGGGUGAAAUAGUGGAGAUGUCCCGUCACGGGAUCCGUACUGUGGACGUGGUGGAGCGGCCUCCGGCCAAACAACAGGCGUUCUGCAUUUUCGAAUACGUGUACUUCGCGCGGGCCGACAGCAUCUUCGAAGGCCAGAUGGUGUACUCUGCGCGGCUGCAGUGCGGUCGUAUGCUAGCGCGCGAGUCUCCAGUCGACGCGGACAUCGUGUCGUCUGUGCCCGAGUCAGGGACUGCCGCGGCACAUGGUUACGCCAGACAGUCGGGCAUCCCCUUCAUGGAGGUGCUCUGUAAGAACAGAUACGUCGGGCGCACGUUCAUUCAGCCGUCCACACGCUUGCGGCAAUUGGGCGUGGCUAAGAAGUUCGGUGCGCUCUCGGAGAACGUGCGCGGGAAGCGGAUCGUGCUUAUAGAUGACUCGAUAGUGCGGGGCAACACUAUCGGACCUAUUAUCAAGCUGCUUAGAGACGCCGGUGCUGCUGAGGUCCACAUUCGGAUAGCUUCACCGCCUCUCAAGUACCCAUGCUACAUGGGUAUCAACAUUCCCACCCGGGAGGAACUGAUUGCAAACAAGAUGGACUCCUACAAACUUGCUGAACAUGUUGGAGCCGACAGCUUAGAAUACCUUAGUGUGGAAGGACUGGUUAGUGCUAUCCACUACAACAUGAAAGCCACGCCCAGCGAUGGAGUGGGAGGGCAUUGCACGGCCUGCCUCACCGGAGACUAUCCUGGCGGUCUACCGGAAGACGUCGACUGGUAGAACGUAAUAGUUACUCUUCUAAAUACAGUCCAGUGAUUGGUGCAAAUGCAGCCAAAAUGUUUUUGUUAGGGCAAUGUCAAUAGGAUCCAAUAAUUAUUAAUUGUCAACACAGAUUGUCACAAUGGGAACGUAUAUGGAUAUACUCAUUUCCCAUACAAUAUAUCAUGUCCAUCUUUUCUUAUUAUGUUGCUAAGGAGGUUAUAUUUUUAAUUAAGAUCAAAAUCUUAGAAAAUUUAUACGUAUAGAAAAGGUAUCAUACCAGGUUUAUUAGUUUAAUGCAUUGCUCAAAAUAGAGGUUAACUGUCAACCUCAAUUUUUUUCGACGUUUUCACAGCUGUCACAGUCUAUCUAGAUAUAUAGAUAAUCUAAGCGUAAAUAUAUAUACCACUUAUAUAUAGGAAUCAAAAUCAUUGUGAAAUAUAAUAUAUUUCCGUUCAAAAUAUGAAAACAUAACUUGAAAAAAGAAUGGCUUCAAAUAGAAGUAAUUUUUAUUAUAUAAUAUAAUGUAUGUAGAUAUCUUAUGAGAUAAAAACCAAAAAAAACUAACAAAGAAAAAGAGAUUCCAUUUUGGGUUACAAUGAAUGAUUUUUUUUAUUCCAAAAACAUAAGUUUUUAAAACAAACAUUCCCUGCACCCUUAGCUGUUACAUUCCCUAUUAUUCAUAUUAUUCAAAUUCAAAUAUUUUUAUUCAAAAUAGGAUAUGAAAUCACUUAUUGAAGGUCAAAAACUUCCCAUUCGGAAAUAAAUGCUCCAGACCUGAGAAGAAGAAACUCAGCGGGCUUCUCUUUUAUAAAAUUUCUUCGACGGCGGUCGCUCCAUUCCCAAUCUGUGGUUUCAGAAAGUCAUUUAUGCAAAAGUAAUCUUUACCACAUAAACGUCUUUUUAUUUUAAUUAUUUUGAAUUUCUUAAUGCAUUUGUUUUGAACAUUUUCUGGGAUCUUGUUGUAAAAGCAUAUACAUCGCCCCAUAAAAGACUUACUCACGGCGGUUCCCAAUAUACUAUCUACAGAUAAAUUACUAUCUUUUCCUUGUCCCAAUAUACCCGAUAAGUCAUUCUUAUCGCCUUAUAUUGGGACGCGUGAAUUGUAAUUUCCAUACAAACUUCUAUCGCUGGUAAGCUAUAAGUCGUCCCAUUGACAGACAUCGUGUACGGAUAAGGUGAGUUACCGUCUAUAAAUUUAUUGGGACAGAAAAGUCAACGAUUUUUAUCUCAAGUAAGAGAUAGACUGAAUAUUGGGAACGGCCGUAUCUCGACUUAGCCGAGUAGUAGGUUUAUGUUUGUUCCUGGUAUUAACAUUAUGGUUAUGACAGUUUCUUGAAUAUUCAUAACAUCAUUAAGAAUAUUUUGAAAGGCAAUAAACCACAGACUUAGAUUAUACUUGUGUAUAGAUGAUCCGACAGUCCGAUAACGCGUCAUCAAAUAAAAUGUCAAUGUGUGCGUUAGCUAGUGGUUUAGUAUUCAAAACACUAAGGAGCUACUGCCAAGCGUGGCUGACUGUUUACGACUUGUCCAUCACUAAUAAUCGGUUACAGUAACAAUAGAUUCCCUUUCCUUUUCUAUCUUGCUGUAUCUCCAUUUGAGAUGUUCUACUCUCGAAUGCUUUGUUUAUAUAUUAAGCUACUAGCCGACCCGUCAGACGUUGUUCUGUACAUAAUAAAAAAAAUACUGUUUUUAUGAAUUUGUCAGUCAAUGAAAUAGACCGACUGUCGUUGUCAUGUUUAUACGGCUUAAAAUGUCUUCACAUUGUUUGUUUGACUGUAUCAUAGAUUAGCUGAUAAUGACAGUUACUUAAAAAAAAACGUUUUUUCUUUUUAUUUUAUUGCUUGUAUUAUUUGAUAAUAAUUAAUAUAAUUCACGAAGCCCUUUAUCAAAUAAAUACAAUGUGUUUGUAAUAUAAAAAGUAAAACUAUAAAUAAAUACUUACGGCCUUACAAAAUAUAAAAUUGGUAUAAAGUUAUACCUCAGAAUAAACGGAAUAUACAAAAUGUUCAGUAUCGCGCUGACAACAAUUAUAAAUCUGAAGUUUACCGAAUGUCAGGCGGUCUUGCAAAUAAACGCGGCAUACGUUAUACGUACAAAUAAACCAAUUAUAUACAAAACGUCUAUGUGUAAACAUUUUAUAGCAUAUCCUUGGUUUGUUCUCAGGUUUAACUUUAUACCAAGUUUAUAUGUAAAACCGUUACUAUGUUAUUAAUAAACUCGAAGUAAAGUUACUCCAAAUUUAAAAAAAAAAUCUGUGUAAUUCAUAAACGCGAAGUUAUUCCAAGUUCAAAUCUUUUUGUCUUUUUCCUUUCUUGUAGUGACAAAAUUACAAUUAAUUCUGUAGUGACAGAAUUACAUGACAGGUUGAAGUAAUUUUAAACUUGGAGUAACAUAACACUGCUUUUAUUAAUAAGACAUUUAGUGUGCAAGGCUUCUUUAAUAUUAUUUUUCUCUUAGCGAGUUAUUCGAGUUGUGCUGGCUUCGACUCAACUUUAAUGAAAUCAUGCACAAAUAAUAUAUUGUACAAGAUUUGGAUGUGUUUAACAGAUAUAUUUAUUUAAGAUUUAACUUUAAGUAAUACGGAAUAGAAUGUAGGUUUAUUAAAAUAUUCGCGUUUUUUUUUUUGUAAUUUUUAUGCAUUUAAAAACGUUAAAUUAAUGAAGAUAAUAAUAUAUUGGCGUGGAUAUAUCGGGAUGUAGAUAUUAUUUUUUAUUUGCGAAUAUAACUUUCAAUAAAAUGAUUGUUAUAAUAUUCAAUAAGCUAAAUCCCAUUUCCAAAAGAGCGGUGAUUCGGAUAAAAAAAAAUAUCUUUACCAUAGACUUCCAAUAUUGAGUAUUCAAAAUACGAAGGAUCUAUUGAUAAACGAUAGCUGACUGUUUUGAUGAAAAUCAUUCACGGUAACAACGCUUUUCUUAUUUCUUGCAUGCAUUUUUUAUCUAUACCCUAGUUUAUUGUGUCUUGACAACCUAAAAAAACUAUUAUCGUCAUAAAUUUUUAGUGAAUUAUUAUUAGAACUGAAGUGCCUUCUCGUUUAAUUAUGAUCUGAAUUUAUAUAAUUUGUUGGACUGUUUUAACAUUCCAUAUUAUGAUGCUCGAAAUAUACAAAUUGUUAUUGUAAAGAUUUACAAUCAUUGUUGUAUGUGCCGUUGUAAAAUUUAAAUAAAUAUAUUGGAGUACAAAUAUUUUUAA